AUGGAGAUAGAGUCUAGCAUGGUCGUAUUUGUAGAGAACACGAUAGGUCCUCUCAUCACUAUCCGUCGGGCGGAAGAAGACUGCAAUGAUCCUUGUAUUUUCCGCUGGAGCGUUGAACCUGAUGGAUGGGGUCCUUCUGGCUUCAUGCUGUUUCAACACACGUCGGAAGGUCUAAAGGAGGUUAUAGCAAAGCAGAAGUCGCCACCUCCCCAGAUCUUUAAACUUACAGGGCCAAAUUAUAUAGUUGAGACUGAAGAGCUUCUUCCUGGCCAAUGUUUCCAACGAAGAAUGGAUUUCCCGGAAUCCUUCAAGAACCAUUUGAUUGCUGGUGAGAAGUAUGAGCUAUUUUGGCCUGGGGCUGAGUAUUACUUGUGGGCUUGGGGCACUUUGCGGCAGCACUGGGAUCAGGAAAUUGGGGUUAACCUGGAGCUACCCCAUGCCGUCAUCCCCGGAGGAGCCCGUUGCUCUGUCACCUUCGAAAAGAUGAAAGAACUUACGCCCUCUGAACGCGAUGGCCCUCGUGUGGAAAAAUCCCAACGAAUCCCUGGAACCCCUUGUGUAAGCGUGUUUCUGGAAGCCCCAACGACAAUCUCUAAGAAAGAAGGAAUUUAUGUCACAGCAAAGAUCAGCUACGAUGGCCUGACAAACGAGAACUACGACGCUGUUCACGCUAACUCAAAGCCAAUCAUCAUACACAAAUAUGGUUUCGAACACGAUCACUUCCGACUACAACGCCGCUGCCAUGAUCACGAUAAGUCGCAGGAUACUGACGAAGAUCGCCCACUGUGGGAGAGUUAUUAUGACGAAGAACGAGAUAGUAACAGGGGCUGGAUAAUGGUAGAUGACCCAGACGUUGAGGUCAACGUCACAGAUCCUGAGUGGUUUCGCAGCCUCCAACCAGGGGAAACUUUUAUUGACAAGUUUUGGAUUUCCUUUGAGGAUAUGCACCCCGAUACAGUGGUCGGUGACACAUAUCGAUACAAAUACUGGGGUGGCUGCAUUGACUGGUGGAAUUGGGGCGAUCGCGAAGAACAUGCGAAUACAGUGGUGAAACUACCAUGUUGGAUGCAUCAUCAUGUCGUUGAUCCUGCUGACAAUGAUGGGAGGCCGCUUAUAUAUGUCCCCUCAUCCAAUUCUGUCGAGUUCACCGUUGUUGAUUGA